GGGAUGAAGGAUUGGGGUGGUGGUGCCACUGCCAACGUGUCUCUUGUUGCCAUCCCACAUAUUUUCCCAACAAGACCGACACAACAAACAACCAAUAGUUUCAAGAUUUUCGACGGAACGUUCAUCGAAUCCAUCGCUCCUCAACAUGGUUCCUGCCGCGCUAUUCCAAAAGGACAGUUUGAACCAGAAAAGCUAUGAAUACCAACACAUCCAUCGAGAUCCGUCGGAUUCAUCACGCUUGCGAGCGAGCAAGUCUUCUAACCCUACAAGUUUCUUGUCGUCUUCAUCGUCGUCACCCGUAUCAGCAAAUGCUUCAACCGAUCAGCAUGCAAAAACGCUACCCUCGGAUUACUCACUCGGAAAUUUAUUCAGCAAAUCUACUACUGCUCAGGAUGAUCUUCAUCAGAAAGGCGAAAAAUCGCCGAGCUUCAGAACCGAAGAGCCCACCGCGCGCGUCGGAUUAUUCGGGAAAAUUAGGCAGCUCACCAAGCUUUACGGAAGUGCUGCAUUGAUUGUAUACGGGUUGAUUGGAGGCGUCGACUUUGGAUUCUCGUUUUUGAUGAUCUAUCUCAUCGGUGCAGAACACGUCAGGAAAGCUGAAGACUGGGUACGCGAGCAAGUCCAUUGGAAACGAGCCCACGAUUCACUCUCAACAACAUCCGUCCCUGGAGGCUCGGAAAUUGACAGUGAUAUGCUAUGGACCUCCGCUGUGGUGGCUUACACUAUUCACAAAACUAUCCUCUUACCCGUUCGCAUUCUGCUUACCGCUUGGAUAACCCCGCCGAUUGUCAGACAUCUACGCAAACGAGGAUGGAAAAUCGGCAGGAAUUUGGAAUAGUGAUAUUCUUUUGGCUUGCCUUUUCCAUUCUUCUCACAGCAGAUGCAGUCCUCCGAUAUGUAUUAUUCUACAUUCUUUUUUUUUUUUCGUGUGUGUUGUCAUAUUGUGGUGAUUUUUGAAAGAUUAUAGCAUGUAUUUAUUUUACUUUUUUCCCCGUUUUUUGUUUCGUUUUUAAUAAUGAUGUGGAUAUGUGCAAAUAUGGCCUCCUGCGUAUGUAUUUGUAGACACAUUUGUUGCGUUGCUUGAAAUUCCUCUCUGCUAAUCCUCACAACUGACGAAGCAACAAAUAAAAACGCCUUGGAGAUUU